GGGCACAGGUGGGUGGCACUGGUGGGCACAGGUGGGCACAGAGUGGCACAGGUGGAUGCACUGCUGGGCACAGGUGGGUGCACUGCUGGGCACAGGUGGGUGAUCUGCUGGGCACAGGUGGGCGGAGUUAGUGGGCGCACUGCUGGGCACAGGUGGGCGGAACUUGCGGGUGUCACUGCUGGGCACCGAUCAUCAGGGCACUGAUCAUCAGUGCCCUGAUGAUCGGUGCCGAUCUUCGCUCUGGCAACUGCCGGUUCUCGGCAGUACUUUCCUCACGAUCUGACAGCGUGAGGAAAGUGCAGCCGAGAAACCGGCACUUGCAU